AUGCUGAGAGGCUCUGGGGAUCAACCUGAAGCGAUUCCUCAGCCAGCCCCACGGCGAAUCUCCCAGGAGAGGCAGAGGAUCACGGGGCUGCCUUUGUACUUCCAAGGUUACCUGGCCAUGAGGCACUCGGGAUGCCAGGAAUUUAGGCCGUAUUGGACAGAGCUCAGAGGAACUAUGCUCUUCUUUUAUGAUGAUAUGAAAGCCCCAACAUACUCACAGAAAGUAGAUAUAUCAGCUUUGACCUCAGCAACCAGUAUUUCUCCAGACGAAAACGGCUCUGUGCAGUUCAUCCUGAUGCUGUCGAAUGGGAAACUAGAACUGAAGGCUACUGACUGUGAACACGGGAGAGAAUGGAAGGGUUUUAUUCUCACCGUAACAAAGCUGUCAGUUCCACCAGAUGAGUCAUUACUCCCUGAACAACUUACAAGAAUGCAAGAGGUGCUGGAGAAGGAAAAGAAAAGGAGGAUUAUGCUUAACGACUGUUCCAGCACAUCCUUGAGCAGCAAAAGCCCCCCCAGCAGUACCCUGGCCACUAUGCCUGCGUGCUUCUAUGCAGUAUCUCGGCAAAAAGCCAUAGAGAUGUUAGAAAAGAAUCCUUCAUGUGGGAAUUUGAUCCUGCGCCCCGGCAGUGACAGCAAGAACUACGCCAUCACUGUCCGACAGGAGCUGGAUAGCCCACGCUUAAAGCACUACAGAGUGAUGUCCAAAGGAACAAGUUACGUUAUCGAACUGGAAAGACGGGUGACACUCCCGAGCCUUCAGGAUGUUGUCAACUACUUUGUGACCCAAACUCGAGGGAUCCUGAAGCCAUUUGUCACACAGACGAGCACUGCAGAGGACCCAGUGUCCUGA